AUGAACAUUCCCUUCAGGACCCUAUUUAAUCAUCUCAACCAAACUACGGUCAAUGGGGCAAUCACCAAGCACUUUGAGGAGGACGUGGGCACAAAGACAUCUUUCUAUGGGUUCACCACAAACACUAUGAAGAAUUCCCUCAAUUCUUACAGAAAAGAUGGCUUCACCAAGGUCCCACAGGGACAGAGAGUCCGAUAUAUCUUCAUUCCGUCCAACGAACGUGACUAUGUGAUGAUGUCAGCUGCUAUCCAGGGUCUCACUGUCACCUCCGGUCAUGACAAGGGGGACUGGUCCUCUCGAUACUUUGGAUUUAAAGCACCAGUUAAGCACUUUAAAAUGCUUCAUCCAGAUUUAAUUACAUAUGUAAAGCAAAGGUUUCUGAAGUCUCCCCUGCUGAAGUACAGUCACCUCUACAUGCCCAGCACGGGUGCUCUGAUGCUUCUGACCGCCGCGACCAAAUCACAUACCUUCCUGCAGGUGUCUGCCUAUGGUUUCAUCACAAAAAACUUUGCAGACUUCUCUGACCACUACUGUGAUGGCCCCAUGCGCUUCUAUGCCAAUCACGACAUGCAGAUGGAGAGCUGGCUGUGGGAGGUACUGCAUGCACGAAAAGUAAUGUCACUAUACAAGAGGACAAAAGUAAAAUGAUGGACACUCAAUUGUAUUUUCAUGUGAAAAGCCUUCCUUGAAAUGAACUCCUAUGUUUGCCAUGGAGGUA